GGGAGAGACAUGUUCUUGGGAUGGGAUGACUGAAGGAAGGCAGCAGAAGGAGAGAAAAAGAGAAGGAAGAAACACAGGAGAGUUUCACAGGAUGGAAAGACGAUAGAAUGUUGUGUUUUAGUCUAGAGUAGAAGGAUGUAGUGAGAAAGUAAAGAAAGUGAGCUUAAGAAAGUUUCUGUUUGUAGCUGAGCGUGGGAAACAAAGAGGGGCAGCGGGUGGAGGCACAGAAAUGGGGAGUCCACAUGUGACUGGAGCAGGGCUGAGUCAGAUAGAGAGGUGUUUUUAAACUGAGGGUUUCAAAAGAAGCAGAGAAAGACAGAGUCCUUCCCUGUGUCCCUGCAGCACGGCUGAACAAGAGCCAGGAAAAGGGGAAGGGCCUCCGUCUCCUCCUCUCCAGCUGACAAAAACAGCUGCCCAGGAACCCAGGGCUGGAGCCUGUUUACAGGGAUAAGGGGGUGAAGAAGAAGACACAGAGGGAAAGAGGAGGAGGAGAAAGGAGGACAGACAGCAGAAAGAGAGAAUCCAGGACCCCAUCCACCUUUAUGGGUUGUGUCCUGAGCUUGGACUGGUGUGGGGAGGGAGAGGUGCAACCAGUGCCGGUGGUCAGGGGCUCGUCUCUGAAGAGAAGGAGUCUGGAGAGGAGUGAGAGUGGCAGGAUGAGGCUGACAAAGCAGGCAGGGAAAGGAGAGCCACACGUCUUCAAGGAGAAGACUUUCAAGAAGAGACGGCAGUGCAGUGUGUGUCGGCAGAGCGUCGACAACGUGGGCUCAUUCUGCAGAGUAUGCAAAACAGCCGCCCACAGGAAGUGCGAGGCCAAGGUGACCUCUGCAUGCAUCCCAGCCCCCACCAAUGAUCUGCAGCGUAGAGGGACUGCUCCUUCUCGACACAUCCAACACCUGGGAUCUACCAAGUCUCUAACUUACACCAAACAGAGAAACACCUUGCCAAGGAGUUUCAGCGUGGACCGUGUAAUGGAGCGUGUAAUGGAGCGCCACUAUGACUUUGACCUGACGUACAUCACAGAGAGGAUCAUCUCUGUCUUUUUCCCACCGAAGCUGGAAGAGCAGAGAUACCGCCUCAACCUGAAGGAGGUGGCUGCCAUGCUCAAGUCCAAACAUCAGGACAAAUUUCUGCUCCUGAAUCUUUCUGAAAGACGGCACGAUAUCACCCGACUAAAUCCAAAGGUUCAUGACUUUGGCUGGCCCGACCUGCAUGCUCCACCCCUGGAUAAGAUCUGCGCCAUAUGUAAGGCCAUGGAGAACUGGCUGACCUCUGACCCCCAGCACGUGGUGGUCUUACACUGCAAGGGCAACAAAGGUAAAACAGGAGUUAUUAUUGCAGCCUACAUGCACUACAGCAAGAUCUCUGCAGGGGCGGACCAGGCUCUCAGUACUCUCGCCAUGAGAAAGUUCUGUGAAGAUAAGGUGUCCUCUUCCCUACAACCAUCCCAAAACAGGUAUAUCUAUUACUUUGGAGGUCUUCUCUCUGGGGCAAUAAAGAUGAACAGCAGCCCUCUCUUCCUCCACCAAGUCCUCAUCCCAUCACUCCCCAACUUUCAGAAUGAAGGAGGUUAUUACCCUUUCUUGAAGAUCUACCAGUCCAUGCAGUUGGUCUACACUUCAGGCAUAUAUGAUCUUCAAGGCACUGGAGGCAGGCGACUGUGUGUGACCAUUGAACCGGCACUGUUACUUAAGGGUGACAUCAUGGUCAAAUGCUACCACAGGCGAGCCCAGAGUGCUGACAGAGACACCGUGUUUAGGCUGCAGUUCCACACCUGCACCAUCCACGGAUCCCAGCUCUGGUUUGGCAAAGGAGAGCUGGAUCAAGCCUGCACUGAUGAGCGUUUUCCAUCUGAUGCUACCGUGGAGUUUAUCUUCUCUUCCGGACCAGAGAGGAUCAAAGGCCGUGAAUACCAGAAGAACGACCCUGCAGUCACAGUUGACUACAACACUGCUGACCCGGUGGUUCGCUGGGACUCCUAUGAGAACUUUAAUCAGCGAUAUCAGGACAGCCUGGAGGAUAUUGCCCACACCAGAGGUCCCCUAGAUGGCAGCCUGUAUGCUCAGAUAAAGAAACGGCGAGGUCCUGGCUCCGGUUCUCUCACCUCAACCAAUGGCAGCAGCCCAGGAGGAGCCCUCUCAGAAGAUAGACCUGAUCAUCUUAUCACUCAGGGUUCAGACUCUGCCCUCUCGGCCCAUUCCCUUAAUUUGAACCAAUUAUCUAUCCAUCCUGACCACCAAGAGGAGCCUAUUCGUCCACCACCACCAACCAGGCAGGAAAGGGAGGAGCUUGAACGACUUCUUGGAGGCAUUGAAGGAAACGUAGAUGGAGAGCGAGAGACCGCCAUUCUAGAUGAUGGAGAUUCUUUGCCGUCAGAAAGAACCGGGACACUGAGGCUUAAUCGGUCAUGUUCCUGCCGGGAUGGUUACAGGUCCCAGCGCUGUGCUGAGCCAGGCUGUGACCGCACCCUCCUCAUGCCUAAUGGCUACUGCCUUGAUCGAGCGCCUGGCACCAACGGGCACCAUGGGGCGACUCCUUCUGCUAGCCCCAACCCAGCUUCUCCUCCAUCACACAUGGAUCUGUGCCAACACUACAGCCCCCACUCCCACCAGUCCCUCCCACCUCCAGAUCUUGUGUGGGACCGUCAGAGUGGCCCAUCUCACUACCUUCACCGCUCUUGCUCAGAGACUCCGUCAUCUCGACAUAUCUGUCCGUACCCGUCCCCAGAUCUCACCCCCCACUCUCACAAUCAUUCGCAUCACCACCCCAUGUCUCCCCCGAAUCGCAUAUGCUGCAGAGAAGAUGACUAUGCACCCUACCAUCAUCUUCCUUCACCUCACAGCCAUCACCAUACCCAUCCGCACCACCCGAAACCCUCCACCAGCCCAACUUACCAUGAUAUAAUGCUAAUGGAUGGUCUGCCACCCCCUGGUUGUCCUUGUAGGGACUGCAGCAUCAGAAGAGAAGAUUCUGCGGCUUACCACAGCCUGAGGUUGGACCGCGGUGACAGCUUUCACUGGGACAGAGAGGCGGAGCUUCAGCAGAGGGAGGUGGGGCUUAGGAGGGCCAGGGAUGCUGAGUUACCUAGAGGGUCAGAGCUUCACUGGGAGAGGGAUCCUGGGUUGAGGCGAGGCAGAGAGCUGUCCCUCCAAUGGGAACGAGACAGGGAGGCUGAGCUGCAGUGGGAGAGGGACAGAGAGGCUGAAUAUUGGCACAGAAGAGCCACCGUAGCCUCCUACGGCCCACAGGGGCAUGAUCUUCCAGCCUUCACCUUUGACCCAUUGCCAGCAGGUCAUCCAGCUUAUCCAGAGGCAUCAAGGUCCCACGCUCAUUCCCACUUGGAUCUGAAGUACAGCAGCAGCAGCAGUGGGUACCAAACCCCUCGUCAGGUGUGCCCCUGCUCACCUUACCAGCCUUCACCAUCUGAAAGCAGAGGCUACGCCUCAGGCUACCAAUCCGAGUCCACGUCCCCACUGCCUCCCUCUUCCUCAAUGACAGGGCCCUGCAGCCACAGCAACGGGCCAGCAGACCAUAACCACCACCACCAUCCAGACUCACAGCAGUCAUACAGCUCGGACUCUCAUACUGAUGGCCUUCGUAGCUCUGGUGAAAGUGUGGGCUGGAGGGAUCACAUAACUCAUGGCUCCUUUAAGAGGGUCCACAGAGAUGGUCACGUUGCCUGCUCCACGCCAUCUGACAUGUCUGGACCGUCCACUCCUGUCCACACCAGCAGUCCUCUAUGCACACAGGAAAGUCCCAGUCCAGGAGGAAGAGAGUAUGAGAUCCGUACCACAGACAUCCUUGGCAAUGACUAUGAGGCUUCCCAGCCGCAGGAUGGACACUAUAGUGGUAAUCAUAUCAUUCAGGAUCCUCCAGGAAGUCCAAAAAGCAGCACUGAGAAGUCAUUAAAUCCAGUCAAAGAUACACCAUCACACACAGCAACUCCUGUUCAGACAGAAUCCUCCAACCACUGCACAGCACCAACAGACCCGUCCAUCAACAGUACCCAACAGCGGCACCUCAGCCCAGAGCCACCCCUAUCACCUUCUUCUGAUUCUGCAACACCAGCUAAAUCAAACCAGGAACAGUGCCAGAAUCCUUCUUUGCCUGUCCAUGCUUCACCUGCAGUGGAUAUGCACCCCGAACUUGGCUCUCUCACUCUCCAGACCCUUGCUCCAUCAGAAGCUGCUGCUCUGCCACCCUCCGUGGUGCAGGAGGUGUCCCAUCCUCAGAGCCAGACCCAAACCCAUGCUAAUGGCUCUGCAGGACUGACUUCAACAAUGAAACCUCACCCAGAAGCCUCCAAACCAACCAUCUCCAACACCACAUUUUCUCCUCCACCAUCAUCCCCGCAGCCUGCAUCCAGCAGCAUGGAAGGCUCCCCAGUCUCUGACACACCAGUCCCUGGUUUCGCCACCCUGGGAAGGAAGUUGAUGUUAAGUGGAUCAGACCCCCACCACCCAAAUCAUAUGCAGCACCACGUACCUCAACAUCACCACUACCCAUCCAUGGAGCACAGUGUCGCUCUGGACACUAGCAAGAGGCACUACUUUUCUGGUCACAUCCCACAACAUCACCCAGCCUCCUACGCCAACUAUUCCACCAUCUCCAUCCCCCUCCCUCACCCACAGCCACCUCUGCCAGAGAAGAGACAUCAGUCCACUCAGUUGGGAUCUUCCAGCGAUGGGGGGAGGCCAGCAGUGGGUCAUGUGCCUCCCUCCAACACCAGUACCACCCAGCAUCAACAUCAUGUCACAUUUUCUCCCACUGUAGGGGAAAUUGCACCCCCUGCAAGCCAAAAUGAUGAAGUAGCACCUGUGGUGCCUGAGACUGCCAACAGGGUCAGUGUUAAGUUUGUCCAGGACAGUUCGAGGUUCUGGUACAAGCCUGGCAUCUCUAGAGAGCAAGCAAUUGCAGCUCUAAAGGAAAGAGAGCCUGGAACCUUCCUGAUCAGGGACAGUAACUCUUUCCAGGGGGCCUAUGGCUUGGCCCUGAAGGUGGCCACGCCUCCUCCCAAUGUCAACAACCACAACGGCAAAGUGAGUGAUCCUCUGGAACAGCUGGUGAGACAUUUCCUAAUAGAAACAAGCCCUCGGGGAGUGAAGAUUAAAGGAUGUCAGAAUGAGCACCACUUUGGGAGUCUGUCUGCGCUCGUCUACCAACACUCCAUCACACCCAUCUCUUUACCAUGUGCUCUUAAAAUCCCUGAGAAAGACCUCAUAGGUGAGCUGCAGGAGGUUCAACCGGUAACCAGUAACAUCAGCACAGCUGCAGACCUGCUGAAACAAGGAGCAGCCUGUAAUGUCCUCUAUCUAAACUCUGUGGAAACUGAGUCACUGACUGGCCCACAGGCCAUCGCCAAGGCAUCAGAUGCCACCCUGGGUCGUCACCCGCGCCCUGCAGCGACUGUAGUCCAGUUUAAGGUGACAUCACAGGGUGUCACACUGACAGACAGCCAGCGCAGGGUUUUCUUUCGGAGACAUUACCCAGUGAGCAGCGUGACCUUCAGCAGCCUCGACCCAAAAGACAGAAGGUGGACUAACUCCGACAACACAACUGUUAAAGUGUUUGGAUUUGUUGCCAAGAAGCCAGGCAGCUUAGCAGAGAACGUCUGCCAUCUAUUUGCCGAGUUGGACCCCGAACAGCCAGCUACGGCCAUCGUCAACUUUAUCAACAAGGUCAUGCUGUCCCCGCGCAGAUAGACGCAGACAGCAGCAGUACCGACCAGGCAUUCACUGCUCUUUAAUGACUCUGUACUAGGUUGUGACAGUUGUGUCAUCAUUGUCCAUCAUUCCUACAGGUUGUUUUCAUUUUUCAUUUUCAGUCAUGUUGUACAGUCUCACAACUCCUCCCCGGAUGAGGAAGCCUUAGAAGAAACUGCCUUCCAAGAACAAGAACAAACAUUGAUCAGGGGCUGCUAUCAUGAGUCACAGCUUUGUUCAUCUCUGGGUCUGAGGUAUCACUGAGUGAGGUCACCAUGGUAACUGGUGCUACAGGUUCAUCUUAGCCAGCAGUAUUAAAACUCAUCAGGAGGUGAAGGCUCAAAACCGAGUCCUGUUGCCUACCACAUCUACAAAAAAAGUUUCUAAUAAAGAUUAAAAUAAGAACAAGAGAGUUAUCCAACAAUGAGUAGAAUCACUUUCCCAAACAGUAAUGGUAUAGAUGGUAAUUAAAUUACAUAAAUCUGCCUAUGACAUGAAAUAUGACUCAUGUAAAGCCAGCAGCCCUGCCCUGUUGGCUGAAAUCUUCACACAUUUUAGAUAAGUUAUCACUGUAGCUCUGAUUUCUAUACUUUUUAAUAGCUUUUUUUCUACAAAUAUGGUCAGUUAUUAAAACCAGUUUUAUUUCCAGCCGGAAAAUUGUAGAGUUUUGUUUCAGAGUUAGUCCUAUUAGUGGAAAAGAAAAGCCUGGUUUGAUGGUCACAUUUUUAUGCUUUUAAUAAACCUCCUGAGGAUGUGAUCUGAUUGUAUUCCAAGCAAAAACCAAGCUUUCUCCAAAAUCGCCUGAACUGUGGCCGACCCAGAGUAAUGAGGUCGGCCAGAGUCACCUGAAGUCGAACCUGUUGCUGGUAGGGAAUCCCAGGAUGAACUGAGCCGGCUGAAACACCUCAGUGAAGCCAGAGAUGGACUUGCUUCAUGAUACAAGCCUCUGGUUAAGUUAUAGUGUAGUAGCGCUUUAAUCACCAUGUUCGCGCUGCUGUCCAGAGGCACUUGAAGCAGCUUUACGGUAGUGGUAACAAAGAGGAUUUUUCCUUGCACUGUUUUGUACGAACAAAAGGCCCCCAGAGGUUCAUCGUUUAGAUUUUAUAACUAGCUUUUAAAACUGUUGUUUAUAUUUUUUUAUUGUUUCCACACAAAGAAAUUCCUUACUAUCCCAAUAAAAAGCAACCAAAGGCCUGAGGAUGUGAUUAACUUUCUGUAUGUAGAGAUGUUGAGGUGUAUUCUGAUGUAUGUAAAGCGUAUCGACAGCACCUUUGCCAGUUAAACACUUCUAAUCAUAAUCGACAAUCAUGUCUGUGUUCCACUCACGUACACUUCGACUCGGAGCAAGCCAGAGACCUAACUGAACGAAAGCAAACACGAACGUGAGGUUUUUAACUGUUGACAGGUGCGUGCGGGCGGGGGGGGGUGUGUGUGUGUGUGUCAGGGUAAACGUGUGGUGAGGUAGGUAAACAUAAGGGUCAGAUAAGGGUUUCGUCACGUCCACUGUUAAAAGUCAUGUAUGUGAAAUGGGGAAAAAGCCAAACAGAGAAGGAUGGGUGUGAAAUGUUUGCUGUUGAUUCACCACUUCACAACUUUUAAGACAACGCACACACACACACACACACAAAAACAAGCCAGUUGUCUAAAGACAGACAUUCUUAACCAAAGAUGAAGCACUCUUUUAUUAAUAAGCUUUUUAUUCACCUAUAUUUUUGUACUCAUUGCUUCCUGUAUUUGUAUUAUGCAUUUAUUUAGUGUUGUUUUAUUUGGUAGAAAAAAACACUACUUGUAUUACAACAAUAAUAUAUUGUGGUAUAUUUUCUGUGACUCUGUAUCAUGUAGUAAUAUAUUUUCACAUGCAGCUAUGGGGCGGCGUAUGAGACAAAAAGGAGACAUUCGUGUGUAUGGAAAGGUUGUUACGCCAUUUUGUAUGCAAAAUAUAAAAGAAAUAAAGUGAAAAGUUGUUACCUGA